CAGGGGCGGGAAGGGAAAGGGCAUCACUAGGGGUCUAAUCCCCAGCGUGGGGCUGGUCCCGUGACUGUGCAUGUGGGCAGCCCACGGCCCGAGCGGCAAAUAUCACUGGUAACUACCCGGGAGCCUCGUGGGCGUGUGGAAGGGACGUGUGGGCUCUGAAAUCGGGACUGGCAGUGGCCAGGGUGGCGCUGGAGGCCGUUACCCCGGAUAUAUUUGUCUCUCAUGCGUCAACUAUAUACAGCAGAAUCUUGGCAAACAAUCUCCUCUGAAAAUGAUAUUUCUCUGACAGCUAUUGGGGUGCUUGAGGCCUUACAAAUUUACACCCUACCCUUUGUUGACAGUGGAGAUGAGAAUGGGUGAGUGUCCUGUGCAGAAAAUGGCCUCCUGUCUGAGCUCUAGUGUUCAACAGCCUUGAAAUCAGCUUUUGGUGGGGGCCAAAGGUUGGCAACACCAAGAUGUUUGACAGGAACAAGCCAACUGAUGAAGCUUCUGCUUCUUCAGCACAAGGUAUAGAAAGACGAGGUAUCGAAGGAUCCCUACAACAGGAGAGCAGUAGCAGUGUAAGCAUACGAGGGCCAGAGCAGGCUGGACCUGGGUUAUUCAGUGUGCAAAAUAGACAAGGCUAUUGCAACUGCUGCCACGUGCACUACAGCAAUCUUGAACAGCAUGUUUUCAGUUCCCAGCACAGACAUUUCACCAUGUACUGCAGGAAUCGCACAGGUACCACCACCCUGAUGGAGCGUUUCCUGCAAGAUGUUCUGCAACAUCAUCCCCACAGAUACCAUGACAACAGACCAACAUAUGAUGACAUGCCAUUUCCCAUCUCCCCAAUGGCUCCCCAGGAUGUUUUCCUGCUUCCAGAAGAGGAGGAGAAAGAGGUGGUAAGAAGCAUACGGGAGAUGCCUGGCACAAACAGUGAAUCCAUUGUUAAAGCAUGCGCCCCUUCUCCUUGCAGAUCUCAGGAGGGCAUAAAGUCAAUUUCUGUACCACAGACAUUUAUCCAAAAACUAAAGAUGGGACAGGAACACAUCUUAAAAAUAUCUCAGCAAACUUUGGACAUCUGUAGCAGUGAGAAAAAACAUACACUAAUGGAUGGCGCUCAGAUUGCAAAUAGUAGCCAUGAUGGCCAGUUUACAGAUGUGAGCCCAGUAUCUCACCAUUUGCGUAGCACCCCUUUAUGUCACAGUUCUCCUGUUAGCCCUGUAAUUGCAAAAAAUAUUAGGUACUCAGCAACAUCAAAUUUGAUUCCAAGUAGCAGAUAUGAUCAUAUUCAGAAGGAUGUAUGCCACAAGGAUGGAUCAUUAAACACAAAUCCUAAUCCUGUUCUGGCAUCAGUCCACCCAAAAAAACCUUCAUUUUCACGUCAGAGACCUACCUGCAGCCAAGGCAACGCUUCAUAUAUUAUCUCAGGUCAAUCUUUUUUUAAACUAGAUGGUUUACAAUCUCAGGAUGAAACUUUGGUGUCUGACUUCUGUCUCAGGGAUCUUGUGGGUACUAGCAACUCACUAAGUUUUGGGGCAUCCCCACAUUUAACAAGAUACAAAGACGUGAAGGUGAGCAGGGUUGAUGAAACUUCAGUAGAUGAGAUAAUUGAAGAAGUCAUUCUGAAGUACUGCCAUGGAGCUCCACCUAAUGAGUUGUCUUGCAAAGAUGAAGAGAGUAAUUCCUAUUUAAAUAUUUCAUCACUUCUGGAUCACAAUAGUCUAGAGGGUUCUGAAAUGAGUUUUGAUUGUGAGGCACCUGUUUGCUCAGGAGCAGGCCUACCCAAGGCAGCUACAAAGGAUAUAGAAUUCCUAAAAGAGGUCCAAGUAAACUUGGAAGAUAGGAACUAUGGAACUCAACUUAGUUCUGUUCUAAAAGGUGGUUCAGUGGAGCAAACAGAAGCAGCAAAACAGGAUAUAAUAAUUCAUAAUGAGGAACCAGUUCUUCCAGCUCUGCCUCAUGUGCCUCCUUCCUUUGUGGGAAAGACGUGGUCCCAGAUAAUGUAUGAAGAUGAUAUAAAAAUUGAAGCACUUGUGCGUGAUUUCAAGGAAGGUCGUUUCCAUUGUCAUUUCAAUAGUGAACCCUCUGCCAACUGUACAGGGAAGGGGAUGAGGAAGAAGAAGCAGAAAGAUGAAAGAAAGAGUGACAUUGUUACAGGUAACAGAACAGAAACUUCGUCGAUUAAAGCAUUGCCAGAAUUGAAUGAUGCUAUAAGUGGUGGUUCUGAUUUUGAUAAUCUUUUGGCCUCUGAUACACUAUGCAACCCACAAAUACUUCAAAUGCCUAGAAAGAGGACGUGGCGCCUUGCUUCAAGAUGCCAAGUGGUCAAAGUCAGCCAUGGAACCCAAACCAGUUUAGUGAACUAUCCAAUAGUAAAAAGAAAAAUCAUUAGAAAGGAGCCUGAUCCACCGGAUCAGAAAGCAAACAUUAUUUGGUCAGAGAAUGAAAGAAUUUCAAAUAUGAAGACCAGACUGUGUGCCCUCAAGCUUCCUGAAGCAUAUACCAAAAUUAUGAGCCCUCUGCAGCCCAAGACAGUGGUUUAUGUCCUUUCAUGUCCAGAGAUUAAACAAUAUAAAGGCAAACCCAUAGAUGUUCCCAAAAUGAGGAGAAAUCACAGCUCCACAGACAGCAAGGAUUCUGUAAGGUACAGAUACAAACAAUGUUCUCUUAAGUAUUAUGACCCACUGACAAAUCGAAUUCUGAAAACACCUCCCAAGAGCACAGUUAGAGAAAAAGCCAAAAAGCCCUCCCAUGUUCGACAACUGUUUAGGAGUCUAAGCUUUGAUGCAAACACACAGAAAUUAUCUGAUACACAGAAAGAAUGUACACCAUCUAAAUUCUUCAACUGGCCAGGCUUCUAUAGUUCUUCUUCAGCGACUUUCCUGUCAGAUCCAGUUAAAGGGAAUGAUAUGAAUUCAAGUCUGAGGACAGAUGGAGCUUCCAUUUCCACAGAAAGGUCUGAUUUUCCGAUAUUUGUUCACUCAGAGAAGUCCUAUAAACACGUAGUCAUUUCACCUUUCAACUCCCAUCAGUCUCAGAUAGAAGGAGAUGUUAGAUUAACCCCAGUUAAUAGCAGGGUUGCCAAAACACCUUUGAAGUCAAUCAGGAGCGAACGAUUGGAGAGGGAGAAUUCAAAGACAAUGUGGAAGAGGAAAGAAGGCACUAGUAGAGAACCAGGUUUUUCCAAAAAGGCUUCAGGACCCAUGUCUGUCAAUUGUGGCCUUGUGAGAAGAGGAAGUAGAGCAGCCUCAGGCAAACAAGCAUCCAGAACUAAAAAGCAAAAAAAAGAGCAGAUAAGAAGGGAGCUCUCCUCUUGUGCCCAAAAAUCUUCUUCUGUCUUCUCCAUCCAUAGGCAUCAAACAAGGAAACCUACUUUGGGAAAGCACCUCAAAAAGGAAAAACUUGAUGCUAAAAAGCUAAUGGUUAGGAGGAAACCCAGGAGGACAUUUUUGAACUCUACAAUCAUUUCAGGGAUUACUGAAAAGAGGCAGAAAAUCACAGCAGGGUCUUUUCAGAAGAAGCCAGAACUAGCUUCUUCCAAAGUUAGGAGCUGGGAGAUAAGGGUCUCCCCAGCACUGUGAAACGGCCCUUACCAGGAGAUAGCUAGCCAAUAAAACAACAACAAACUUUUACUUACCCAACAACUGGGAAUAGGCUGAGGAAAAAGAGUGAACGGAAGGUGUUUAUACAAAAUCCAGGUGAUGUGCCAGAACUGCAGAUACAAUGAAUUGAAAGUCCAGUAAUAAACUACUGUAGCAACAAACUAAUUUCAUGUUGCUGGAAUAUGGGCACACUAUAUAUUGCACUGUUUUUCUUCGAGUGAUGGUCCCUAUUGAAUUCCACUGAGAAUUUGCAUGUGUGCCAUGCGUCUGGAGCUGGAGAGUUUGAAAGUAGUAGUGUCCAUUGGUCUGCACAUGCACCCUUGCCUUGCCUCAUGGAUUUGUACUAGGUGAUAAAGAGCGGGGUGGACGGACUGCAUAUCCAGUUCCUUCUCACAGCUGCAUGGUCCAAGUCAGAGCUAAUAGUGUCCUCUCAUCUCUGAUGCACUUUUAAAAGAAAAAUGUUUUAGAAAUUGUCUAUAGUUAGUUUUGUAUUCUGCUGUUAUUACUGUUUCUUAGGUAGUUAAGUUUUUAGUAAUAGUUUUUGUAGGAUUUGGACUUUGGGGGAAUCUGUUUUUCUAGUCCCCAGCAGUCACACGCCGGUGCUGGAUUAUGCCGAAGAUGCCAGGAUUCAAGAUUUGCGCUUCCUGCCCCCGUUUUGUUCUCCAUCAGCGAUGAGCACCAACACUGCUUGGGAGAAGCCCAUAUUUUAUCAGCAGGAUCUGCCAGUCCUUCCCAAAUCAUACCUGAGAAGGCCGGGCUUUCCUCCUCAAGAAGCACCUCAUGGAGGUUACCAUGACGCUGCAGUUGGACCCAGUCCAGUGACCCACCCCUGUACAUCUGCCUGAGAAACCUAGUAGUGUGCCUCUGGCCUCGGAGCUUGAACCUGGCUCUGGUGGUACCGCUGCUAUGGACCCCAUGCCAGGGCCUAGUCGGGAGGCAAGGAAGCAUGGACAUAAGCAUGGCAGUAAGUCUUCCUCCAAGCCAAAAAAGAAUGAUGCACCUUCCAUGAGUUCCAGCCACAGAGAAGCAGCCUGUUCCAAGGUACCCAUGCUUGACACAAAAUUUGUGCAGACCAACAGAUCUGCCAGUACAGAGAACCAAGCUGCACAUGCCUUCAGUGUCAGCUGCCCUUAAGACAAGGGAGCCACCAGUUCCUGGACAGUCCUCUGCUCUGGUGCUGGCUACAGAACAGGUACCGUUGAUGCUGGGAUGCUUGGAGAAAGCACCGGAGUCACAUGAGUAGUUUGCCCUGGGGGAACCAAGAUGUUCGCAUCUUCCUCUGCCACCUGCACCUAGAGAAGGCUGAUCUUCUAUCUGGCAUUUGCCACAGUCAGGCCCCACUUGGAUGCCUCCUUCUGUGGAUUGCAUGUUUCUGAUGGUACUGCCAUUGGAACCAGGAUCUGAGUUCUCAUUGUCCUUGGAUUCCGACGGAGCACAAGAGCCGCUCAUUCCCUAUUACCAGUAUGAGUACCCAAAAGGACUGUCAGUGGCGUGGCAAUACCCUCCCUCCCCCAACAGAGAAUCCACUGGUUUCCUUCACCCUGGGGCCCUUCGCAACAUCCACUCAAUCAGUCUUUCUGGCCCUAUUGAGGGUCCUGAUCUCAGUACCUACUCUCAGAGCCUGCUUAUUCCACGAGGGAGGCUUUGCCUCUGUUCCCGGUUAGGGCACCCUUGAGAGACGCUCUGAACAAGUUAUGGACGAUGAACGCUCAGUCCUGUUCCAAUGGUACUGCCAGAGCAGGAAUGCUUCCCUUCAUCCUCCUCAAAUGCUGCAGUCACUUCAGCCUCCCCUUUGUCUCCUGGUGACUUUUGCCAGUUCCAAGAACUUCUGCAAAGGAUGGCGGAUGAGCUGCAUAGUCCACUGGAGGAAGUACAAGACAAACUGCAUCAGCGCCUGGACAUCUUUCAUUCCUUGGUAUUGAGCAGGGUUGCCCUACCAAUCAACAAUGCUAUUCUUCAGCCAGCUUGAAUGGUUUGGCAUAUCCCGGCCACAUGAACACAGAGAAGAGAUACUACGUACCAACCCAGGGGUCGGAGUUUUCUUUCCCUACCCCAAUUCUCUCGUGGUGCAAGCAGCAACGGAACGCUCCAGACAAUGACAUCUGUGCUCCACCCCGACAGAUAAUCAAGGCAAACAUUUAGAGCUCCUGGGAUGCAAGGUCUUCUCUUCAGCAAACUACCAGAUUUCAAACUACCAGGCUUUGCUGGCCAAUUAAUGAUGGCAAAGUGAAGGACUUUAUUGAAAAGCUGCCUCAGCAAGAUUGAGCAUGUUUCCAGUCUAUCCUGGAGGAGGGUAAGCUGGUGGCUAGAAUGGUGCUUCAGUUAGCUGUGAAUGCUGCAGAUACUACCUCAUGCUCGAUGGCCACAGGCAUUGUCAUGCAAAGGGAAUCAUGGCUUCACUCAUGCAGUUUUCCCAGAUAAUGGCAGAAUACUAUUGAGGACCUUCCUUUUGAUGAGUCACCUGUUUAAUCAGAAAACCGAUAAAUCUCUCCAUCCCCUCAAGGAUUCCAGAGCCACACUUAGAUUGCUGGGUAUCUAUACACUUGAACGCAAGAAAAAUUCUACUGCCCACCCCCUACAGUGAUUCACGUCUCCCUAGUUCUUCCAUCAGAGGCCAUAUAAACCUCAUUGUAAGUGCCAGAAGACCCAGCGAAUCCCACCCUCCAGACCCGACUUCUCAGGCUUCAUCCUCUUACAUGCAAUCUGCUCAGAAGUGAUAUUUCUGUGUACCACUAGAGAACCGUCAACCACCAGGCCCUCUGCCAUGGAGCCAACCCAUCCCCUUUGGGAGUCAUCUAGCACUCUUCUUACCAGCUUGGAGUGCAAUAACUGAUAAGUGGGUCCUGGAUGACAUCCGCUAUGGUUAUACAAUUGAGUUCACCACACUACCUCAUCCAGAUCCCCUGCCUUGAUCCCUUUUCAGAGACCACUCUCAUGACAGCAUCCUUGCCCUAAAAAUAGACUCUUUUUACUGCAAAGGGGAGCAAUAGAGCACAUUCUUUCAAACUAUCAGGGCACAGGGGUUAUUCCACUUACUUCCUGGUACCCAAGAAAAAGGGUGUCUGGAGACCAAUCCUGGACCUACAGCACUUCAGCCGCUUCAUCUGCAAGCCAAAGUUUGGUAUGGUUACCUUAGCAGCCAUCAUACUUUCUCUAGAAAAAGGCAUGUGGGUUUACGGCUCUAUUUUCAUAUAGACAUCCAUCCAACCCACAGAAGACUCAGGAGGUUCAUGUUGGGUCCUCAGCAUUUUCAAUGCGGGGUUCUACCAUUUGGACGCACCAUUGCUCCCCGGGUCUUCACCAAGGUUUUCUCUGUCAUAACAACCCACCUCAGGCACACUGGAGACCUUAUUUUUCCUCUUCCUCACACCCUCACGCUCAGUGGAAUACAAUAAGGACUAUCACUUGAAGAAGAACAUGUUACUUACCUGUAACUGGAGGUUCUUUUGAGAUGUGGGUCCCUAUCUGUAUUCCACUUUCCUCUCUGCUGCCCCUCUGUUGUGAUCUAUUUGAUUUGUGGUGGAGAAGGAACUGGAGACACGGUCGGUCUGCUCCACCCUUUAUUGCCUUGGACAAAUCCAUGAGGCAAGGGAAGGGUGCAUGUGCGGACCAAAGGACACUACUGCUUUCAAAUUUUCUGGCUCCUGACACAUGACAUGCAUGCAUAAACCCUCUGCAGAAUACAGAUAGAGACCACCCAUCUCGAGGGUAAGUAUCCUCCUCUUCUAUUGUGUAAAGUUACAGAAAUUUGUUUAUUUGUUUAAAUUAAGCACUUAGGACCUUAUUUACUACACUUCAGUGCACUGUCACCCUUUACAGGAGACAAACUGUGAGCUUGACUUGUAUCAUAUUGUAUUGUGUGAUAGUAAAUUCAGUGCAUUAUGGCGCACUAGACUAUAAUAAAGUAUCAUGUAGAAUCAACGUUACUUAUUGUGCCUACCUUUCUUCACAAUUGUAAAGUGUAAAGAUAUGAUUAAACAAUUGCACUAGAAAUUAAACAGAGUAAUAUUAAUUAGUAAGGAAUAUGUAUUUUGUGUUUGUAUGUGUAUAUUCACACCUAAUUUAUACAUACAAUACAUUUUCAAGACUGUUUCAAAGGCAGUUUAAAUUAAUACAGUAUGAUACAAAGCAGAUCUGUGCAAUGGUGUCUUCAACAAAAUAUACAAUUACAGUAUUGUAGCAAAUUGUGUAAUUAGUGUUUUUCUAAAACCAUGUCCAACUUUAUUGGACAAAACAAGAGCACUGUGAACUUUCACUCUAGCAAUAACGGAUGGUGUUGGUAAGGAAAUAAUAAUCUUUCCAGUACUAUACAAGCAACAUGGUUGAGGUCCUAAUGAAACCUCAAAAACCAAAAGAAAGUUAAAGUUAAAUCUGAAAAUUUAGCUUAAUGGUUUGAUUCAAAAUUCACCUUUGAAUCGUUGAAAAGAGCAGAGAAAAAGGUUGUACUGGUGAGUGUGAAUGACAGUGGGUUAUCCUAAAUUUCAGCCUUAACUGUUAAGUCCUUUUGGUUUUUUUGUGUAUUUAAAGCAGACCUGUUUUUACUUCAACUUAGUUUACUGUAGUUGAGAGUUUACUUCUUUUUAAAACUUAGUAAAAUAUUUUAAAAAAUCUAAGGCCAUGAGAGUUUAGUCAGCUAAGGACUAUUUUGUAAAUACUUAACUGCAGUUUUUAAAUAAUCAUAUUCCAUACUGACUUAUGGUUGGUUAUUGACCGUCUUAACAAUUCCACAUACCUCUAGGUGGGUCCCUGCUAAAUUCACAGCCAUGAAAAACACGUCAUGGACCAUGAAAUCUGGUCUCCCCUGUGAAAUCUGGCUAUUGUAGGGUAGUCACGAUAUUGCCACCCUUACAUUUGUGCUGCCUUCAGAACUGGGCAGCCAGAAAGUGGCAUCUGCUGGCCAGGCGUCCACCACCACCAGUGCAGAAGUAGGAGUGGCAUAGUAUGGGUGGGGUCAUGACUUUUGAGGGAAGCAGGCCUGGCCUUACAGUGGGCGAUGUGGGUUAACCUCCCAGGGUGCCGUGGUCAGGAGGGUACUGUGGUCUCACCCCUCCCCCUCCCAACUAAGGCCUCUUUAACCCCCAAGCACUGGUCCCGGAGCUGGGGAGGGGCUGGGCUGUGGGAGCCCUGGUUGGGGGCUUCUACCAGGCGCUGGGCUCCAGCUGCUAAUUCUGGCUUGGGUGGGAAGGGAUGGGACUUCCUCUUCCUCUGCACAGGUCACACCCACCUCUGGGAACCUCCCCGGGCUGUAGGAAGUUCUGUGGCUGCUGGCUGGGAGCCCAGCUCUGAAGGCAGCGCCGCCACCA